AAAACAAAAAGAUAUUUUCAUUUCUGAAAUAUCUUCUUUUUACUUUGGUUUGUCAUUAUUCUGUCACAGUCAGGUCAUCUCACUUAGACUUUCAGGGAGAAGUUUGGCCAGGUAUUGCUGCAGCUCUGGGUGAUCUUGGUUUAAAUUUGCUGAGAUAUGAUAUAGGAAGCACAGUAUUAACCUAAAACUUCCAGACUCAGAAGGGUUGAACUGGCUGAGUUUUUGAGCUCUGUGGUUCAGAUGUUCUUGCAGCAGUUUAAAUCCUGGCUCAGGGUUUUGUUGAGACGCUGGAGGUUUCUGUUGUGAGCCACCACCAAGCAGAACAGAAAGCUCGAUGGAUUCUUUUGUUACAUGAUGUUUUCCUUCUGAUAUGGAAUAAAACCCCUUUGGAGAUCUCUAAAUCAAAGCCAUUCGUGUUGUAUCAGAACAUUUCUUCAAGGGGCAGGAAAGGAUUCCACACAGGAAGGCCCCAGUGAUGCACGAGGCUCGUUAGCACACGCUCCCGUCGAUGACCUCGCUCGCGCUGGUGAAGGUUUGUUUGCCAUGUGCUCGUGCCUUUUUAUCUCCAGUUUUGAUUAUAAAAAUGUUCCUGUUUAAAAGACCCACGCCAGGGAAUAAAUCUCUGGGCCCAACAGCCCCUUUGAGCACAGGCAGCCCCAGCAUUUAACUUGUAACAAAGAGACUUUUGGUGGAAGCUUUUUGAUAAAAGGUUGGCAGCAUAUCAGAGGAGCAGUUUGGCCAUGAGAUACGAACAAGGAUGUCACUCUGGAUGUUUUAACUUCUUACCUUUCCUUCCAAUUAUUUUUUUUUAAAUGAUUAUGAAUGAAUUAUAAACCAGAAAAUGAUUACUUUCAGUGUGGGUGUUUCCAAAUAGUGCCUCAAUUAAAGAAGCCAGUCUGUUUUGCUUUUAACAUAAUCCAGAGAUCUGGCAGCUCAAUGAGAUACUGCUGUAAACCAGCAGCAGUUUAAAGGAGUAAGAAUUCAGAGUGACCUGAAGAAUAAUUAGCUUUUAGCACAAAAUCUGUCAGGAUGAGGAGCUUGGACUGUUAUUUAACUUAUUUGAUUUAACUAGGACCAAAAUACUGGUUGCCUUCCCUCUCGUGUGAGUGGCAGGUGGUGGAAAAACAGCAGAAGACAAGGUGAGGGUGAAGAAGGGUAGAGUUCAAAUAAAUAAAUAACAUAUAUUAGAGCUGAUUAAAGGAAAGGUAGGACACGAAUGUGAGCAUCCCCUCUGAAUAUAUUUCACUCUGAGCUGGGUUUGCUCCUGCUUCCUUCAGCUGCUGGGUUGGAUUGCAGGGCACAAAGCAGACACCUCCUGUACCUCAGCCUGGUGUCCCAGGCAGCACCAGCCCUUUGUCAGCCCCUGUCUGCUCAGGCAGGUUAUAAAUCUGUAACCUUGCACUUCACCUUUUGUGUCUUGUUUAAUGACCUUUUCAAACUAAAUGCAGGAUGGCCGAGGGGAAGGGGAUGGGCCGUGGAAAAGCUGACACGUCCGCAACCUGAGCUCUGAUGGUUCUGAUUGCUCCAGUCUGCUGAACAAAACUGCUUUUUCUUUGUGGGGAAGAAAAAGAGGGACAAGGGGGACAGGGAAGGGUUUUCUUAGCCGGGUUCUCUGUCUGUAAAAUGCAGUUACCUGCUUAAAGAAGAGGCUGCACUCGUCCAAUAUGAAAAAAGACUUUUUACACAAAUCUCUAUUUCAUUUUCAGAAGCUGUUGUUUCAAGGGCCUCUUGUAAGAGCCACUGGAAGUGUCAUCCUUAAUUUCUUUUGCAUAAAAAAAGAUCGUUUCAAGUUCUUAACAGGCUCUUCUUCUGUUUCCCACACUACUAAAUUUAAUAUACACAGACUUGAUAUAAAAACAUAUGAUAACUUUUAUGUGAGUCCAUUAAAGUGUAUAUUAUCCCUAAGGAAUGUCUUACUAUAAAAUGCUCUCCACUUGAAUGAAAGGAAAACUGAAGUUUCCCACCAUUUCAAACCGGGACAAUAAUUUAUUUUGGUGAUGAUUGUAAUGGGUAUUUUGGGUCCAUGUGUACAAUAGUAAAACUGACACUGUUUUCUUUUGUUUAUGUAUUUUGCUUAAAAUAACAGAUGACUCCAAAGGAAGGUAUUUGAGGAAGAAUGCUUGCAGAGAGGGGCCACAUUUAUUUUGGCUGGCUGUGCUGGGCUGUCAGCUGGACACCAACCUGCACAAUUCAGAGAGACCUUCAACCUGCUCCCAGCUGCCUUUACCACAACAGCUUACAAUGCAGGAUCCCCCCCUUGCUCAGCUGACCUGGGCUGACAGUCCCUUGCAAGCUGCACCAAAUACUUUCCAGUCAUUUUACUGCUUAAGAUUCCCCAAAUAACUGGGAUACCAAAAAAUGUGUUGUGGGCAGGUCACUUGUACUGUUUGCAGUUUGUGCAUGUCCACGGUUGUGCUGUGCCCUGUCUGACUAUUUCUAGUGGUUAGGCCUUAACUGAACUUUUAUUUCAGAGUCUUACUAUUUUCAUCUUGUCUUUGCAGUGACCUGCUGGUCACUUUUUAACAAGAGGGGAAAAAAGGAGUGAGGAGUGGGAAGAGAGGAAAUUGCCACCCUUUCAGUAUUAGAAAUAAUGUCCCUGAUGGCAGAGGACUCGUAGAAGUCAUCAGUGAUGAUUAAAUUCCUCUUAAUAAGAACAAACAGAGCUGUCGAUGGAGGACGUGCUGCAAGGAGCUUCCUAUGGAAAUCACCCCAUCCAAAUGCUAACCCAGGAGUGCUCAGGGCACUGGGGCAGGAGAGCUGUCUGUCCUGAAGGUCCCUCGCAGGACUCUGGGAAUUGCGGUGUCGCGAACCCGUGGUUUUGAGCGGUGUGGGUUCGUUAAAGCUUGCAGGAAACACCGUGACAGGGGCCACUGCCAGAGGUCACCCACAGAUGACUCCUGCCAGCCUUGGAAAUCAGGGGCACUUCCUCUCUGUGUGAGCCAAAUGCUUUGUUCACCUCAAGAACCUGGUCACCCUCGUCCUCCUGACGCACGCGGCCCUGUCCUUGUCCCCCACGUCACAGUGACACAAGGCCUGUGUGCAGCAGAGAGUGGCCUGACCUCCAGCUGAGCUCAUCCCCAGCGGGGCACGGCAGGACCGGGAGUUCCAGGCACAGGAUGGCACCAAGUGCCUUCAUCGAUAUUCUGAUCAAUAAAUGCCCAAAGAACGCCAGGUCUUGCACUGCAAUUAUUCUUCUUCUGUCUUAAUCAACUGAAAAUGCAGCUUUUCAUCCCAGAGUGUGUCUUAAGUGCAGCAGCAUCCCAGCUUUGCCAACCCUCAAAUGGAUUUGGGAUGCAACCAUCAGUGUGUGUGCAGUCCACACCAUUAGAGCUGGAAAGGGAAGAAGUUACAGCAUCUCUUUUUGUGCUGUUUGUGGGGCUUUUGGGUAUCUUUUGAACGUGAAUGGCCCUGAGGAAGCCCCAGAGUGAGAGCUGACGUCCAUAUCCGCAUGGUUAUGUAAAUUUUAUGUUCCUCAAAGUUGAAAGUAUGUGAGCAGAAAUAUAGAAAAUUAGAGGAAUCAUGUUCUAUCAGGCAACAAUCUGUUGGAGCACCAGAGCAUGGACUGUGGGAGAUUGUCCCCUCAUGGCUGAGCCCUGCUCUGUGAUAAAGUAAAAAGUUAAAAUGUGCUGGGGUUCAUUCCAUUCCUCUUGAAGAAAAUUGUUUUCAGUAACACCUGGAGCUUGCUCUAACCCCACCUGAAAGCUGCUGGAUGGAUGGAUGGAUAUUCCUGCUCUCUGAAUGGUCCUGGAAUGAAUCCCCCAUUAAUAAAACCUCUCUCAAAUAUUGGGAACUUUCCCGCUGGAAUUUGCAAACCUUUGGCCUCUCUUCUGCCCAACAGCAGCACCAGAUCCCUGGGCUCUCAAAGGAAUCAAACCAGCCACCUGAGGUGCAGCAGUGCAGCUGGUAAAGGAAUAUACUGAGACCUGUAUAAAUCAGUGGAUGUGAGGCUGGACAGAGCUUUAAGGGAGAUUGUUUCUCUUCCAGGUCAGUUCCCACACCACUGAACAGGAAAUCUGGAAUUUCACAGCUCUUGGUGAAUCACAGUCACUGGGCCUUCAUCUUCCACGAGGAACGUGGGCUGGCUCUGAUCCUCCCUGAGUCUGUUGGGAACAAGCACAAGGUCGUUUCCAUGGAAUACUCGGGAGCAGGGAUAAGAUGUUUUCUGGCUUCUUCACGUCUAAGUUAUCAGUGGAAGGCUUUGCUUGCCAUACACCUGGUUUUAGGCCCCGUGAUGGCCACUGAGAGAGUGAGCAGGUGGAUGUUCUGCUCUCACUGAAGGUCGUGGCAGUGAACCCUGGAUCCAUGGAGUGACUCUGCCUCCAUGCUCAGCUGAGCUGGGUGGCACUGGCCAUUUUUUGGCUCAGGUGACACCAAACCACGUGCAGCUCACCUUCUACUCCCUGUGCUGUGGGAUUUUUGUUUUCAUGACGUGGAUGCAGCUUUUUCUCCUGUAGUUUCAGGCAUAACUCAGUUCCUCAGAGUGCUCUCAGCACAAAGGUUGCUCUGCAUCACACCAAGAUAAAGGUGUCUGUUGUCCAAGGGUUACUGAGCAGAGCUGGGACCCGGCUCCUGGACCCAAUUUCCUGUUUUAAGAUCAACUUGGGAAUGUCCCAGCUGGGGCCUGUUGUCCUGAGCCCUUGAGAAUCCCUGAGAGCUGCAGUUGUGAGCAGUUCUGAGACUGAGCUGAGGGGGGCAAAGAUGCAUUUCCCACAACAGCCACUUGAAUCAUCAUUAAAACUUCCACCUGAAGCUUCUCAUGUCUCCUCCUCUCUUCAACAUGUUCAGUGAUUAUUUUCUUCUCCACAGGCACAAUCAUCAGGUAAUUAUUAUUGAACUUGGAGAUUCUCUACAAAAUAAGGCCAUUUCUUAACACAUGACAUGUAUCAAAAUAACACCAAUUCAGACAGAUAUAAAAAUGUAAAACCAAUCAUAGAACUAAAAGAAAAACAAUUCUAGAACUAAAAAAUGUUGUAGAAGGCGAGGUCUAGAUAGUUAUAAAUCAAAGGCUGCCAACAGCAUGGUACAGCCAGUGUUUGAAGUGUCAACCUGAGCUAUUGGAGAUUAGAUUGGGUUCUCUGGACUUCUGAGGGAUCUUAAACAAAUAAUGUGAUUACUCUUUUCCCGCUUACGGGAUGUAGAUAACACUCUUUCCUCCAAGAUGUAGGGUGAGGUAAGUACCAGGAAGAUCACACAGUUCCUGGAAUAUGGGAGUAGGAAAAUGCCCUUGAACUGAGGUUGUGAUGUGCAGAGGUUUGGAUGUGUAGCAGCUCUGUCUCUGAGUUUUCAAUUCAAAGUAGUUUUCAUCUGGUUUUGAGAGCUCCAGCUGUAUCCCAGAGGGUUGGAAUGCACAAACCUGGGGGUUUCUGUAUGUUAAACCCCACUAAAAAAAGCAGUUUCCACACUAAUAUUGUCUCACUUAAUCUAGCAACAUUAUGCUAAUUUUUAUGUAAUUCUAUUAGGGAAAUAAGAUUACAAAGCUUUUGUGAAGAGCUGUUUAUAGUACUUGAUAUUAUUUUAAUUACAUUCCGAUCUCAUUUCGUUUAGUGCUUAGUGCUCGAACGCCAAAUUUUCAAAUUAGAGCAAUUUCAAGUAGCAUUUUCAGGAAUAUCUGCAGCAUUUCAGAUCAUUGAAAGGAUUUGCUGACUCGAGGUGUUGGCACUGAUGAGGUGACAGAAAUAGUGGAGCCCUUGUUCAGCAGCAACCUCACACCAGAGGUGUGGCUGACAGGGAGGGUUCCAGGAUGCACAAAGGAUGGUUUAUCUGGGACACUGGGAGAAGAAUAUUUUAUAGGAUGUUAAGACAUCCACAGGCUUGAUCCGUCAUUUUGCAGCCCUUUAUUUCUAUAUAAUCAUUCUUUGCAUUUUUACGUGACCACCUGAAAUACUUAAAGUAUUUCUAGUACAUAAUUAUUGUGUACUAAUUGCACACUAACCUGAAUACACUUUCAUACAUUUCAAUAGGAGAAAAGGAGCCCUAGAAUUUUCCUUUUCAAGCUCCACAUUUUAGCCUGAAUUUCUGAUGUUUUAAAUUUGGCAGAGCUAUCAGAGCUCACAGAUUUCCUGCUCUAGAGCUGGAAUUGCUGCUGCAAUGAUCAGAUGUCAGUGCUGAAUGUGGAAAGACCGUGAACUCAGCUGAGCUGCUUGGCAGUAUCACAGUAUAAAAUUGUUACUCAUGGAAAUUAAUCUUUUGUUAGGAUGACAGUGAGAAAUGAGUUAAAUCAGAACAAAUUCGGACAUAACAUGGCUUUACCUGGGUAAUUGUACUGCUCACCUGAACUGCUCUGCUGGUUAAAAUCUCCCUGUUCCCACUGAACCUUGUAUUUUGUUCCAGCAGUGCCCUCUGCUGAGAGCAUGGAAUGUGUGUCCCAAAGGCUUUUUUUCUCCAAGGCUCAAGUAUUUUAAAUCCAGUUCUCAAAAAUCAUUUGCCUUUACAAAGAUAGAGAAAGAAAAGAUAUAAUGAUAUUGAUGUUGAUUUAUUAAUGUGCAAGUCACACAUUAAAUAAACACAAAAUAUCCUAUAAUGAGCAUGAGUAGUGAUGUCUGCUGUUGUUUAGCUACAUUCUCAUCCAGGAAUUAAGGUGGAAAAAAAGGCAUUUUCCUAACUGCUUAGGCAGGAGCUGAGGGCCAGGUUGGUGACCCAGCACUGAUGUUCUUAUUUCAGCUCCAUCAGCCACACACUCCCCCCUCCAAACCCACAAAAUUCUGCUCUCUGUUUCCUGAAUCUCUAAUCCUUUAUCAUCUAAUUGAUUGGUGAGUUAAAGCUGAAUUCAUAUUAAUUAAAUUUUAGGCUAUCCUUAAAGAAUUUUAAACUACUGCUGUGAUCAUUCAUCCUCUCAAGAUCUGGCCAGAUUUCACUGCUGGCAGAGGUUGUUUUCAGCAGCUCAUCUGUGUAGCAACAAAUAUGUUUUCCAGUUUGGGCUGUCCUAGCAACUGAACGGUAAUUGGCGAUGCCCUGAGGUGGUAACCCAAAUAUUUAAUACCACAUGUGGUUAAAGUUUAAUCCACUGUCAUGAUGAUGAUGAUGUGGCAACAGAAGCUGUGCGUCAGGGUCCAUUCCCCACCUGGGGAACAAGGUGGCAGCAGCUCUCGUGUGGUGUGGUCUCUCACGGAGUAUGGGAUGAGUGAGGCCGACCUGGCUGAGGGCUGAAAGGAGGAUUUUCCACCAUGAAUGGAUUUCCAAACUGCUCUGCUAACUACACAGACAUCUGGAGUCAUUCUUUGGUGCUUGCCCUGGGCAUCCCCCAGCUGACCAUCAACGUGGCGUCCGUGCUCUUCAACUGCACCGUCAUCCUCACCCGCCUGGCCACCAAGGACCUGCACAAGCCCAUCUCCAUCCUCUUCUGCAAUUUGGCUGUCUCUGAUCUCUUCACCAGCUUCUCUGGCUUUUGGAUUUCCACGCUGUUCAUCACCAACCCCGACAUCACCAUCUUUGGGUCCGAGGACAUGCUCGCCCCGUACGCCUUGUACACGACGUCCAUUUUAUCCACCAUCUACAACCUGGUGAGCAUCGGGGUCGAGCGGUACCUGGCUGUGGCCAAGAGCAUGAGGACGAGAUUCAGGGUUGCCAGGAACCAUUCCAUAGCCGUGGUUUUCACCAACUGGGUCCUUGCUUUCUUUCUGGGCUGCUUGCCACUGAUGGGGUGGAACUGCCUGCACAGGGAGAAGAGCGUCUCGGUCCUCUACAGCCCGUUCUGCGUCAACUACCUCUUCUUCAUCGCCGCCCCCAACUUUGUGGUGGCCUUUAUCAUACCUCUGUUCACCUACCUCAGAAUCAUCAUCAUCCUGAGGAGGAGGAAGCUGAGGAUGAAGGCGUGUGGGCAAGCCACCGGCACCUACAAAUCGGCUGAGACCCAGGUGGCCAGGACCAGCAUCUUCAUCUGGCUGCUGGCGCUCAUCUCCUACGCCCCGUUCUUCGCCGGGGUCAUUUUUGAUGCCACCAACCACCGGUGCCACGUCGACCUCUACCCGGGCGUCUACAUCUUCAGGAACUGCACGGCCAUGCUCAUCACCAUCAACUGCCUGGGCAACCCCCUCAUCUACACCCUCAAGCUCAAAACCCUGGGGGCCAAGCUCAAGGCUCUGAAGUGCCUCUCCACCAACAGCGUCCGAGCCUGUGCCAUCGAGCACAUCUAGGUGGGGCUGCCCCUGCUGCAGCACUGCCUGACCUGCCCAGCGGAGCCAGGGAGAGCUCUGCAAUCACUCCAGAUCCAGGGGGAUUCAAAAAACACGUGGAUGUGGCACUGGGAGGCACAGUUUAGUGGUGGGAUGAUGGUUGGGCUUGAUCUUAGAGGUCUUUUCCAACCGUGUUUCCUGUGGUUCCAUUCCUGAAGCCCAGGUGCUUCAGCACCCAGCGAGGGGGAGGUGUUGGGGUGCAGAAACCAGUGUGGGCAGCCCUGAAAGGGGGGCUGGACUCUGUGUCUCCCAAAGCCCUCAGCAGCGAGGAGCUGUGCUGCCUGGCUCUCCUUGGGGAAGUGGCUCAGCGUGUGCCCCUGGUCUGUGUUGCCUCCAGCUGGGAGCAGGGGAGCUGUUUUCCUUGGAGAUAAAAAUAACUCCAUUAGCCCUGUUUACUUUGUGCUGCUGCUGCUCUCGCUUCGCUGCCCAGACUCCCAUCCCUGUUGUGUGGUUUGUAUGGCUUUGAAGGCAGUUAAAUGGCUGGAAAAUUCUCAGCAGUCUGGGGGAAAUUGUCAUUUUACUUUCUCAUUUACACUCAGUCAAAUUGUCUCUUUGACUGUUGGAUGAAUCUUUAUUAACAGGGCACUCAGCCCUGUUUUCCUGGGGUAAUUUUCACUGCAGUGUGUAGCUGGAUUACAUGUUUUUGUGAGACAUUUGUGGCUACAUCUUUCAUAUUUCUGCUUAUAGAGGCACACUCGAGUCCAUGGCUUGUGAAAUUUGUGCUGUUCCAGGUGACAACCUUGGCUGGAUCCUUCAGGAUCAGAAUUGAAGUUGAGUUGCCUGUGCAAAACAAAAUAAAAAUGUCAAGACCAAGUAUUUUGUAAAAGAAAAAGGUCUUACUCCCUCUCUCUCAAAAAAAAAAAAAAAAAAAAGGAAAGUUGGCUCCUGAAUAUUUAUUAUUUAUUUAGUAGAUAUUGUUUCAUCAGAUCCUAGUGGAGGUGGAUGUUUAUUCUUAGUUACACAGGGAUAUGUUCUAGAAGAAUCUCAGAGUUCAAACUUCUGAUCUCUUGCCUGAACCAAAGCAGGUUUAUUUUCUCUUGCCCCAACCAGAAGCCUGGUUUUAACAGAUCUGGUGACAUCAGCCCACCUUGCUGGUUUUUUAAAGUGCUCUCAGAUGCUGCUCUGUGGUGUUUCAUCAGUGUACACCAAUAAAGUGGCAUCAACAAUCUACACAGUGAUGAUGUUCUCACGUUCAUCACACGCACAAUCCAACCCAAAUCAGCCCUUCCAGCACAGACUGGAGUUUCCAGGGAUUUAUUUCCAGUUUCUUUGCUUUGUUGUUGUUGUUGUUGUUCUUUCCCCACUUCAAAAGGUUUGAGUGAACUGAGGGAAAAUCCCAUUGCUCUGAUCCUGGCUGGGUAUGAGAAAAGAGAUGUUUUGAGUAAGAACUGGGAAGUGCCAUCACAUUAACAAAUCUGAUACUCAGUGGUUCCCUUUACUGGUGACAAACCCCUCUCCUGUGCUGCUUCACACUGAAGAACUCCAGGGAUAUUUCUUUUGUCUGAAUUGAAAUUCAGAUAUUUAAGGAAAUGGAUGGCCCUAAGUGACACAGAAUUAAAAUGAAUUAUUUAAAUGGAUAAUGUAACUCAGGCAAGAUAAUUUCUUUUCUCCAUUUUUUUUUUGUUGUUUUAUUUUGGAGCACUGCUGUUCUAUCAGGGACUUCUGGGAACUCCACCACCCCCAGCCCCAGGAAGGGUUUGGCUGGAACCUGACAUCUGUAUUUCACCCUCAACAACAGGAGGUUCAACCAGACCUUCCCACAGGGCAGAUGGUGAAGAUCAACCCGGGGUGGUUUUUGAUGGGAUAUUUGCUAUAUGGUGUAAUUUUUUUAUCCACUUCCAUAUUGACAUUGGGAAGGUGACACGUCAGGAGCAGAACACUUGAUGUGUCACAGCCCAUGGCAGUGAGUGUCACUGGGAAAGCCAAGGGGA